AUGAGCGAAAAUACCAGUAAAGUGAAUUCAGAGAAGAUACCACUUGAAACUGAUCAAGGGAUAAUGGAGAGUGAAGAAAGAAAGUGGGGUUUACCUCUAAAAGAAGUGUAUAAACAUGGAUUGUCUUUUUACAAAGAUAAGGAGGGGAAAGCAUUGCAUUUAAGUUAUGAAGAUAGAUUGAAACUAGUAGCAUAUACGCAGCAAACUGCACAUGGUCCUCUUGAUCCAAACUCUGCUCCACCAUUAGGUGUCCUUGAUGUUAUUGGUAGAGAUCGUAGAGCAGCAUGGCAGUCGUUGGGUCGAAUGUCACAAAUACAAGCCAUGGCAGGAUUUGUGCACGCUUUGGACAGGUUAUGCCCACUGUUCAAGCCAUAUUUAGAAGCAAUCCAAAAGGAUUUUGAAGACAAAAAACUACAAGAAUUAAAGCGUCAAGAAGAAGAAAAAGCCCACAUGGAACUCCAAAACAGAAUAUUGCUAGAAAAAGAAAAGCAACAAAGCAAUAAGUUAACUGAGGAACAACAAGUGCAAAGAAUAAAAGAUGCCUUGAACGCGCAAACAUAUGAUCAGUUUCUUCAGUAUGCACAACAGCAGUAUCCAGGCAACUUUGAUCAACAGGCAAUCCUAAUCAGGCAACUACAAGAUCAGCAUUACCAGCAAUAUAUUCAGCAACUGGCGAUGGACCAGAGACUAGCCAAUACUAAUAUACAGGAUAAUAACGAUGACCCUUGUGAUAACGAAACAGAAAGCCGGAAAGAGGACAAUGAGGACAUUAUCAAGGAUUGCAAUUUGAAUGAUGUUGAGGCAGUGGAUGCUAUGGAAAAUAACAAAUCAAUGCAGACACUUGAGAAAUCAGAAAUUACCGAUUACACUGAGGAAUCGCGUGGAGAAGAGGAGUCAGAUAAUGUGUUCCCUGCGGUGGAGGCGGCGCGCAUGUGGACUCGCGGUCCAAUAGACCAGUUCAAGGAGAGCGCGCGCGCGGGCGGCGGCACCCUCACCGUGGGCCACGGCGAGACCGUCACCGUGCGCGUGCCCACGCACAAGCACGCGCGCUGCCUCUGCUGGGAGUUCGCUACCGACAACUACGACAUAGGGUUCGGUUUGUAUUUCGAGUGGAGCAAAUCUCCCACCACUGAGGUCACAAUCCACGUGUCAGAAAGUGACGAUGAAGAGGACGCAGACGAUGAUGGCUAUGGAGAUGCGGAUGAAGAAUUCACGAUACACGGUAGCGGCGAUCCAGAGAUGGGCAGCGAUAGAAGAUCUUUGUCCAGUCCUCGUCCACUUGUCAGUCUCGUAGUACCCAUCUACCGUCGGGAUUGUCACACUGAGGUAUAUGCUGGCUCACACACAUAUCCAGGUGAAGGGGUGUAUUUAUUAAAAUUCGAUAACACCUACAGCUUAUGGAGGUCGAAAACAUUAUAUUAUAAAGUAUAUUAUACACAGUAA